CCAAACCAGGGGUACCCUGCUGCUCAGAGCUCAAGCUCCCAAGCCAACUCUUAACCAACUGAGCCACUUGGCUGGGCUGAGGUCCCACUCUUUACCCUGACGUCACUAUCUUAGUCAUGGAGAGCAUGUUAGGUUUUCAUUGUGGCCACUUGUCUGGCUGAUGAAAUUGGCCUUCGAUGGCCAUAACAAUCCUCUAGGUUUUGCAGGAUCGUUUGAAAGCAAAACCUUUUAUCUGGGACUUCUGACUUGGCCUUCUAGUUCAUUAACGUCAUCCACAAAUUCGCUCAGUUUUCAUUAUUAACCCCAUCUAGAACCACUUGAAACUUGAAUUGAUUGAUCUAGUAGUGUCUUGAGGCCCAUCUGGCCCUAUAUGCAAGCCAUGGAGAAGGUAGAGGCGCUGGAAGCGACUCUCGGAUCCCAACUCACACAGGCAGCCUACGCUGGUUCCAAUCCUCCAGCUAGAAGCGGCAGCUUUAAGAGAGGGGCGGGGCCCGGGCACAGGCAAGGCAGGGCCUGCCCACAAGGUUCUUUUUCCUUUUUGAUCCAUUCAAAAAUUACUCAUUGCAAAUUCCCGGACUGCUGGGAGAGGAGAAGGAAGGGGGCGGAGGAGCGAAGCUGCUGCAGGCGCCGCGCUGGGGGCACCCGGAGGCCCGAGGAGCUGAAUUGCUGGCCCGGCCGAAGCUGCUCGCGGGCCGUUCUGGCUUCGGUGGCCUCACCAGGAAGCGUCAGAAUCUCAACACCCGGGAAGCUCUGUGCGCCGCCUCCGCCCUCUCCGCCGCCUCCCGCCCGGCUUUCCGCCCCCUGCCCUACCCUAGUCCAGCUCCCUUCUCCCUCCGGGACGAUCCGGCUCCGGCACCUUCCCCGGCGAUGGCUGGCCUCUGAGCCAUGGCUCAGUACAGCCACCCCACCCCGCUUGGCAUGGCCGCGAGAGAAGAGCUGUACAGCAAAGUCACCCCGCGGAGGAACCGCCAGCAGCGCCCCGGCACCAUCAAGCAUGGAUCCGCCCUGGACGUGCUCUUGUCCAUGGGCUUUCCCAGAGCCCGCGCACAAAAAGCCUUGGCAUCCACAGGAGGAAGAAGUGUUCAGGCAGCAUGUGACUGGUUAUUCUCCCAUGUGGGCGACCCCUUCCUGGACGAUCCCCUGCCCCGGGAGUAUGUGCUCUACCUCCGCCCCACAGGCCCCUUAGCACAGAAGCUCUUGGACUUUUGGCAGCAGUCGAAGCAGAUCUGCGGGAAGAACAAGGCACACAACAUCUUCCCCCACAUCACCCUCUGCCAGUUCUUUAUGUGUGAGGACAGCAAGGUGGAUGCCCUGGGGGAAGCCCUGCAGACCACUGUCAGUCGUUGGAAAUGUAAGUUCUCAGCGCCCCUGCCCCUGGAGCUCUAUACCUCCUCCAACUUCAUCGGCCUCUUCGUGAAGGAAGACAGUGCAGAGGUCCUCAAGAAGUUUGCCGCUGACUUUGCUGCGGAGGCUGCAUCUAAAACCGAAGUACAUGUGGAACCUCAUAAGAAGCAGCUGCAUGUGACCCUGGCUUACCACUUCCAAGCCAGCCACCUGCCCACCCUAGAGAAACUAGCUCAGAAUAUUGAUGUCAAACUGGGGUGUGACUGGGUGGCUACCAUAUUCUCCCGGGAUAUCCGAUUUGCCAACCAUGAGACAUUACAGGUGAUCUACCCCUACACCCCACAGAAUGACGAUGAGCUAGAGCUGGUCCCUGGGGACUUCAUCUUCAUGUCUCCCAUGGAGCAGACCAGCACCAGCGAGGGCUGGAUCUAUGGCACGUCCUUAACCACCGGCUGUUCCGGACUGCUGCCUGAGAAUUACAUCACCAAGGCUGACGAAUGUAGCACCUGGAUAUUUCAUGGUUCUUACUCCAUCUUAAAUACAUCAUCUUCCAACGCUUCAUCAUUUGGUGAUGGUAUAUUGGAGAGGCGGCCGUACGAAGACCAGGGACUAGGGGAGAUGACUCCCCUGACUAUCAUCUGCCAGCCCACGCAGCCUCUGAGAGUCAACAGCCAGCCUGGCCCUCAAAAGAGAUGCCUCUUUGUGUGUCGGCAUGGUGAGAGGAUGGAUGUUGUAUUUGGGAAGUACUGGCUAUCCCAGUGCUUUGAUGCCAAAGGCCGCUACGUACGCACCAACCUGAAUAUGCCUCAUAGCUUACCUCAGCGGAGUGGUGGUUUCCGGGAUUACGAGAAGGAUGCUCCAAUCACAGUGUUUGGAUGUAUGCAAGCAAGAUUAGUGGGUGAAGCUUUAUUAGAGAGUAACACCAUUAUUGACCACGUCUAUUGUUCCCCAUCCCUGCGCUGUGUUCAGACUGCAUUCAACAUCUUGAAAGGUUUACAACAAGAAAAUCACUUGAAGAUCCGUGUAGAGCCUGGCUUAUUUGAGUGGACAAAAUGGGUUGCUGGGAACACAUUACCUGCAUGGAUACCUCCAUCAGAGUUAGCUGCAGCCAACCUGAGUGUUGAUACAACCUACAGACCUCACAUUCCAGUCAGCAAAUUAGUGGUUUCAGAAUCCUAUGACACUUAUAUCAGCAGAAGUUUCCAAGUAACAAAAGAAAUAAUAAGUGAAUGUAAAAGUAAAGGAAAUAACAUCCUGAUUGUGGCCCAUGCAUCUUCCCUUGAAGCAUGUACCUGCCAACUUCAGGGACUGUCACCUCAGAACUCCAAGGACUUUGUACAAAUGGUUCGAAAGAUUCCAUACUUGGGGUUUUGUUCCUGUGAAGAAUUGGGAGAAACUGGAAUAUGGCAGCUGACAGAUCCACCUAUCCUUCCUCUUACCCAUGGACCAACUGGGGGCUUCAACUGGAGAGAGACCUUGCUACAAGAAUGAACCACAUCAGUGAACAAGAAGAAAAGGCUUUAGUAAGCCUUUGGGAGAAGUGUCUUUUUUUGUGUUUAGUAACAGUGGAAAAUCUGCACCAUAUUCUAAGUGGACAGCUCAGGAUAAUUUAGCAUAUUUCCUUUCAUGCUUUAAAAUUCUUGUGGUGAGACUGUGUGAAUAAGAGAAAGACUUGAUUCAGGGAUAAAAUUCAUUCUCUCUGGACUCUUACCUGGCUAACAAGGCUUUCAAGAAUUGUCUUCUUAAGUCACUGCGAUGAUAGAGGAUGGAUUCUUCCUUUGGUCUACGCAUGGCCAAGGACCCAGAGUCCUCCGAAAAGGAGCUUCCAGCCCGUCUUGAGGAAGGAUGCAGAAGGAAAGAGUAAGUCCAGAAUCCAGCUGGAGGGACACUGAGCUGCGAGUUUGGUGAUGGGAUUUUCUUAACUCCAUGUUCCAGUUAGGCAAAGCCAAGCUGAGGAAUUCUUUUCAGCUUAUCAGAAAACAUACCCCGCAGAGAGUUAUUCUUAGGUUACACUUCAAAUUCUGUCCUCAGUAUGACCCAUAUACCAGUGCUGCUGGCUCCAGUCACCUGCCUAAGGACGCUAACAUUUACUCUGGUACCGCCACAUUUUCUCUAGAGCAGCUGGCUACAACUUUUUGCAACUGCCCUUCCCCCUUUGCUUCUACAUAUGAAACGGGGAGACAAAGGACUUUUGCUCUCCAAAGCACUUUUGGAUACCUAGGCGGAAGAUACGAUCAGUGUGUGACAUACUCAGCUGAAGGAGCAAAGAGCUUACAACAUAUAAAGUGGCUUGGAAUUAUCCAUGUUGUAACUGGAACAGCCAUAGCACCAUGGUUGCUCGCCUUUGACCCUAGAGUCUGGACUAUGGUAACUAGUAAAGGAAGUUGACAUUUUGCAAGGAUGUGUCUUAGAUACCUUAUUUGAGUCAGCAAAAAGCUCAUUCUUGUGCAAUAUGGACAUCUUUCGAAAUCAUACCAAGGGUUAAGUCGUUGUCCACUUACAUACCGUCUGUCAAUCAUAACAGGACAUCCACAAACGCAUCAAGUAUACCAGGGAUGUAUAACGAAGUCAGGGAACUAAUUUAAAUGAUGACAGUCACAACUGCACUUCUACUUGAGCUGUCGUUUUUUGUUUGUUUGUUUUUCUAUGAUAAUUUAAAAUAUGUAGGUAGGGCUACUUAAGGAAAAUUGGGAGAGCCACAUCCUGUGGUUUUUCAUCACACCUGCUUCCUGAAUUCAGAGGGAGUUUAUUUAAAAUAAAAAUAAAUGACAAUCAAACCAAAACAUCAGUUAUCAAUGUCUGUUUAAUUGUGUGACUAGCUGACUGCUGACGACAGCAGACAAUAGUCUGGUAUAGUCUAGUUCAUUGUGUACAAUAUGUGUGCAAAAUGAAAUCCCAGCCAUUUAAAGGGAACAUUAGUGUAAAACAAAUCAAUAGACAUUGUAGCAUUGAAUAAGCUUCAAAACCCCAAUGCAUAAAAUAUAUGAUAUAUAAAAAUAGAUCUGUGCCUCUAUUUGAAAUGGGAAUUUGACGAUCCCUGAAAAGGGAGUAAAAGGAUGCCGGCUAUCUAUGUUAAGCAGCAAGAGGAUUAUAGCUGGGGUUUUUAAAAGUCUUCUAAAGAAAUGUCAUGAAUUUUACAUUUUAAGAAAUCUAGCAUUGCACACACACUGAUUUAGCUUGUGGGUCUAGAAAUAACUCUAUGCUGGCAUCAUUGAUUAAUAUAAAUGUUUUAACCUUAAAAUGGGGGAAAUAUUCCCAUUAGAGGUUUUAAGGGAAAUGUCACAUUACAGCUAAUGUAAUGUCCCUGCCCUUCAUUCUUUUAUCUGUAAAGAAAUGAACCCACUGUUUAAUCAGAUCUAUAAUGUUUAUUAAAGUCUCCACAAAUAUUCAUGGAUUUUUAAUGCUCAGAAUAAUGCUUGAAUGCCUCACAUGUGAUUUCCUUCAAAAUAGUAGCAGUGUGUUCUGGGCUGUGUCUGUACUUACACAGAACAAAAUUCAGAAUAGGUUAUGCUCUCUCCCUCUAGGUUGUCUUAGUCCUAUGAUGACCUGAUAGGUCAGUUUACCUAGGCUACAAUCCACUGUUCAAUACAGACAGAACCUUAGGCUACAUGAACAAAAGCAGGCAGAGAUCUGAAAUCAUGUUCUGAAUAAUUUAGGUGGAAAACCCUGAGUAAACAAAGAGUUCAUUCCUCCACUUUAAUUAUCCAGAUUAUUUAUCAAAAUGGCCUGAGUAAUAUGAAUUCUCAUUAAAUUCUCUUUUCACAUUUACCAUUUUAACAACACUUGGACUUUAAUUGAGAUAUUCUUUGGCAAUAAUGUUAAAUCUUUGUGUACUAAAAGAAACGUGAUUUCAUAUUAAUCUACAAUUUCUAGGUUGAUAUUACAACAUGAAGUUCAGGCUGUUGAUUUUUUUUUAACUGAGCCUGAUGCUUUUUAAGAACAAAUGUUGAUGAGGGGAAUGAGAAGAAAAGGAAGGAAGGAAGGAAAGAAGGAAGGAAGGAAGGAAGGAAGGAAGGAAGGAAGGAAGGAAGGAAGGAAGGAAGGAAGGAAGGAGUGAAUUUGGGAAAUGCCAGAUAAGAAGAACCAAAUAGUUUCUCAUAGAGAGGAUUUUUUUUUUUUUUUAGUGUAGAAAGUUAUGUGGAUAUAACUGAGACAAACUCAGUUUGUAGACAAACUGAGAUGAAACUAACUGAAGGAUUUAAUCUGGGAUUGAAAGUCUGAAACAGUUCACUGCUUGUACAAGUGUGCUACAUCAAUCCGCUAAUACCCCAGUAUUAUUCAUCGAUAGGACUUUGGUUUCUGUGAUUUUAAAAUGCUACAUCUAUUCCUCUGCGGACUAGAGUAAUUGGCACAUUUUAAUGCACAGGCUGGGAGUUUCAUUUUCCCAGGCUCUCUUCUCCAUCACUGCACCGGUAGCUACGAGCUUAUUGCUUCACCCCAGUAUGGAGUUCAGAAUACAGUGUUUUCCAUUACAUUUAGAUUCAUAGAAUCUGAAUGGCUGAUUAAAUGGCCAUCUGAUGGCUAAAAGAGGGAGGUAUUUUUCACCCAGUAGUGAAAGUCUUCCAAGAGUUUCUACUUUUUAUUUGAAUUAUACUUUAACCAAAGAAUUAUUUUAAAAUAACCUUAUAUUUGAAAGAUGAUUUUGCAAAAAAUAAAAAUAAAAAAUAAUAUCUUCUGGAGUGAUGUCAGUUUGAUAAAUUACUGUUGAUGAUUUUCUUGCAUUUUAGGCUGAUGUGGUCAUUUUCCUGUCAGUGGUAUAUGGAAUGCAUAAUUGUCCUCCAAUUGUGUUUAGCAUUACCAUAAUGUAUUUUUCCACUCAACGAACUGCGUUUGUAUUAAACAAAGCCUCUUAUUUCAAUCACCUAGUGUCAUUGGGAACUAACUGAAGAGCUACAGUGAAAGAAACUCCUAUCUCAAUUGCCUUUAUAGAAAGGCAUCCCUGUGUAGUAAAAACGGAGGCAUUCCUCCGUAACCUAGGCACCCUGUCACGCCAGUGUUUAAUCUGAAAGCAGUGAUGAAUUGCUCUUUUGAAUUUACUCUAAGUAAUGCGUGUGUUAGAAUGCAGAUGAACCUCCUUUAAUUUUCACAGGCACAAUCACAACUGUACUGUGUCUGCACGAAUUUCUCAGAUAAUGAGGCACAAGGUUAUUUGCAUUUAAAUUGUAGUCCUGCACACGUGUGAGAAUUCAGGCGCUAGUCAGCUGCCUUGCCAGGAGGGAUGAAACUGGCAGAGGAGGGUGGGGAAAGGAGUGAUUUAGCAUCUAUUUAGGUUAAUACUCACUUUACAAAGGUGGGGGGGGGUUUGUUAGGUGGUGGCAGAUGUUUUACAUCUUUAAACAUAGGAUUAAAAUUGGAUUUGCUUCUCUUUAAUACUUCAACAUAUUGAAUUUUUCUAGGAAAGUGACUAGUUGUAAUGAAAAGUCAAGGGAAGGAAAAAAAUUGCCUUUAAAAACAGAGGAAAUAACCUGAUCUUUAAAUACAUAAAAUAUUAUGUUUAGUGCAUGUAGGUUUAAAAUUAUAGUGAUGAGUAGUCAAACUUAAAAUACAUUCAGUUUUUACAAAUGUUUUACACGGUACCACUUAGCUGCCAUUACUCCCACAAAAAUCAGAAUUUUGCAGCUGUUUAACUAUUCUUGGACUCUGUACAGGAUACAUAUGUAUAAUUGGAAAUGUGUACUGGUUCUUUCUUUGAUUGCUACUCAAGAUGAGAACACCAUCCAAAGCGUUUGGUUAUGCACAGAUCAUUCUCAACCUGCUGUUUUUCGAGGUAUAUUGGUUUCUUUCUCAUUUAUAAGGCUAUUGUAUCAUUUCUUUUCUAUGUAAUUCAGGUGUAUUUAUUUGAAGAAAGAGGUCUGUAUAAAAAAGAAACCACACCUAAUUGUAUUGCCAAAUUCUUUGUAAACUACCUGUGGCUUUUGUGCUUUCUCGGCUGUGUGCUCUUCCUCUAGAUAUAGCUCUGGCACCAUUGUAAUUAAUUCAUUCCAUUCCAUGAGCAUCUCAAUUUAAGUGGUUCAUCGAUGAUUUAAUAAAGAAGAACUGUGUCUUCAGUCAAUCCA